UCGGAUGUUGGAUGGGACUGAUGUAAUCAAUUGAUCAUUGUACCGUGACAACGUUCUGUACAUUAACAUUCAAUAUGCGACGAAAUCUUAAUUGGCAUGAUCAUACGAGACUCUUGCGUGCAUGAUGUGCAAAGAGUUGUAAUAUGCUCGUGGCCUAGGGAACAUACCUGGCUUCACGUGGUCAUAAGCAUCAAUGAUGCGGCAUCGUGAUUCGCAGUGACGCCGUGGCUACGGCCGGUCUGUUCACGCAUGCAUUUCAAAUAUCUCAACUUGACUCGCUUCUAUAUAAUUCUAAUCCUGGCGGCUUCAACUGUAGUGCGCGCUGGCAGUAGGAAGCGGCUAUGGGUUUCCACGCGGCCGGGCUCGCGUUCGGCUCGAACCACGUACAAAAGCUUCGGUUCGCUCAUAAAAUUAACCUAAUGAUCUUUGGUCGUUCUUCCAUCUUUUUAUCUUAUUCUCCCCCAGAAAUUUACGCGUGCAGCCGCCAUGCUGUCCAAGCUGUUGCUGUCAUGUAUAAUUCCAUUCGUUCUAGGUGCACCGACCUUGACUCCGUCUGCUGCAACGCCGUCUGCUUCGGCUGGUAAUGUUAGCACUACGGUAUCUGGUCCAUAUUCACUGGUGACAACCUCAUACAAUUAUUCAUCAACUGCUGCAAGCUCCACGAUAUCUUCUGCUUCCGCCAGUACCUUAGGCGCGUCCACAACCGGUGUUAUCACCGUUCCGCUCUCUAGCUAUUCGUUCACUCCCUAUCCUACACCUACUCUCAGCCCUCUCCCCCCAGUUUACCCUGCAACUGAUCCUUUGAGCCCUCCUUCCGUUAGCAGCGAUCCUCAAGUCGUGCCCGAUUUUGCACCUGCUUGGGCUACUGCCUACCAAAAAGCCAAGAACCUUAUAUCCGAUUAUACCAUCGAGGAAAAAGUCAACAUCACCACGGGUGUCGGUUGGGCGAAUGGGUUGUGCGUUGGCAACAUCCCAUCCAAUAAAAACUUCCCCGGUUUAUGCCUUGAGGACUCGCCUCUCGCUGUUCGUUUUGCCGACUACGCAACUGCGUUCCCAGCCGGCAUUCAGGUAGCGUCCACUUGGAAUCGCCCUCUAAUGCGUGCUCGUGGCCUGGCUUUGGGUCAGGAGUUCAAGGGCAAGGGCGUCAACAUUGCCCUUGGUCCCAUGAUGAAUAUGGGUCGCGUCGCUCAAGGCGGCCGUAACUGGGAGGGCUUCGGUGCAGACCCUUUCCUGACCGGCGAAUCCGCAUAUGAGACAAUUCUGGGCUUGCAAAACGCCGGAGUACAAGCCACCGCCAAGCACUUCAUCAAUAAUGAGCAGGAGCACUUCCGCACAUCAGAAUCUUCAAAUGUUGAUGACCGCACUCAACAUGAGAUUUACGCGCACCCGUUCUUGCGCAGCGUCAUGGCUGGUGUUUCAUCCGUCAUGUGCAGUUACAAUCUCAUCAACGAAACCUACGCAUGCAACAACGACAAGAUGCUUAAUGAUAUCCUGAAGCGGGAGUACGGUUUUCAAGGCUUCGUCCAAUCUGACUGGUCGGCGACGAUGUCGACAUUGUCUGCUGUUGCAGGGCUCGACAUGACUAUGCCCGGCGAUAUCACCUUUGACUCGGGUGAUUCUUACUUCGGUGGCAACCUCACGGACUAUGUGAACGACGGCUACAUCAGCAUGGCUCGCCUGGACGACAUGGCAACGCGUAUCAUCGCUGCUUGGUACUUCCUUCACCAGGACGAGAACUACCCUGUAACGAACUUCAACGCGUUUAAUCCGAACGACGAAGCGACCAACCAGCAUGUGAACGUGCAGGCUGAUCACUAUACUCUUGUGAGGGAGAUUGGCGCAGCUGGAACGGUCCUUUUGAAAAAUGAGAACUGCACGCUGCCAUUGAACAAGCCAAGGAACUUAGUAUUGAUCGGAAGCGAUGCGGGUCCAGGCAAAUCCGGCCCGAACGAGUUUUCAGAUCAAGGUGGAAGCGAUGGGAUUUUGGCCAUGGGCUGGGGAUCUGGGACUGGUAACUUCCCUUACCUUAUCUCGCCUCUAGAGGGUAUCCAGGAACGUGCUCGCCAGGACGGCAGCAGCGUGUUCUGGGACUUUGACGACUGGAACACCGCUCUGGCUGGUAAUAUGGCGUAUGGCGAGGCCGUCGCUCUCGUUUUCACCAACUCCGACUCUGGCGAGGAUUACAUUACUGUCGAUGGCAACCAGGGAGAUCGCAACAACCUCACUGCUUGGCACAAUGGUGACGACCUUAUCCUUGCUGUCGCUGCGCAGAACAACAAUACGAUUGUUGUCAUGAACAGUGUCGGGCCGCUCAUUAUAGAGCCUUGGAUCGAGCACCCUAACAUCACUGCUGUCGUCUGGGCCGGCAUCCAAGGUCAGGAGGCAGGCAAUGCUAUCGCUGACGUGCUUUAUGGCGCAUACAACCCCUCUGGAAGACUUCCGUAUACGAUUGCCAAGGAUAUUGCCGAUUAUCCCGCACAACUCAUCACUGAUGAUUCGGGAAGCGAGAUUGUUACUAUUGAUUACACGGAGGGGUUGUUCAUCGAUUAUCGCCACUUUGAUCAAGCAAACAUCACGCCGCGCUUCGAGUUUGGCUUCGGCUUGAGUUACACCACGUUCACGUACUCUGAGCUUUCCGUGACUCCGAUUCAGUCCUCGGAUACUAAUCAGGCGGAUUUGAUCACUGCUUGGCAGAAUGGGGAGGCUUCGCCCAUCGCUGAAGGGUCCUCUACUGCGCUUUGGCUCCAUGAGCCUGCAUUCCAGGUAACUUUCAAGGUCACGAACACUGGACCUGUAUCUGGAAUGGAGAUUCCUCAGCUUUACAUUCACUUCCCGUCUUCCGCUAGCGAGCCUCCAUCAGUCCUAAAGGGCUUCACAAACGUCGAAAUCUCACCGUCAAGCACAGAACAAGCCUCGAUCACGCUUUCUCGCUAUGACCUGUCUAUCUGGGAUGUCGUCGCUCAGGGGUGGCGCAAGCCUGAUGACCAGAUCUCGUUCUCUAUUGGUGCGAGCAGUAGGGACUUUAGGCUGCAGGGGGAUAUUCCUACUUGAUCGUGCUUUUUGUUCGACACUUGCUGAUUCGAUUCAGUGCUUGUACUUAGUGAUUUUUAUCGUAUUUUGGCGUAACGCUAGUAAUGCAUCAUGGGUCGAACAUAAUAUUGGCAGUAGGAUGUCUUCAAUAUGCAGCAUGCAUCAAAAUAUUCUAUGAGUAGCAUUGCGUUCACGAUGCGCGCACAAAACGAUGUGACAAGUCCAUUGCGCCUAUGCAACAACGUCCUUUUUCUUCUUUUUCGACCUCGCAGUUCCAUCAUCGUCAUGCACAUCCCUAUGACGUCGCUUUCGUUUCUCUUCAACUGUAGGGGCCGCCUCUUCUGUGGGAGCGAUAUACACCUCUGCCCAUUCUGCCCGUCGUUUGAGUGUUGCUUCAGCUUG